AUGGGUUCCAAAGACUACUCCGACGAUGAAAUACAACCCCUCAUUGUUAACACUCGAGAUGGGAUUCAAAAUAACAAACUUUCACCAAUUAGCCAUACCAAUUUACCUAACCACCUACGUCACGCCCAGUAUUCAACUCCAGCAUUAGCUUCAACCGCAUCACCAAAUAGAUUUAGAGAGAGACUGAGUUCACCCAAGUUUGCAUCACGUUCGAGGUCAGGAAAUGCACUUAACACCCUAAUGCAAUCAGAGUACACUGAAUUUGAAGAGUUUGCUUCGCCGAGGAGGCGUCUGUCGUUUUCUGCUAACGAAUACAUGAAAAUGAUGCCAGAAAGACCGCUUUUCCAUAGAUUGUUAUCCAGUCACCACUCAGUCACUAAUCCAAAUUCUGCUACUGAUGUCCACAACCCAACUAAUUUGAAUAGUUCACAAGCAUCGCAGCCUCUAUUUUACCAACUACAUGAUGAGAGUACUUCGUCAUUGCACGAAAGUCUUUUUAAUGAAUCAAGAGGAAGAAAUAUUGUUGGAAUUGUUAGUAGUUUAAGACCUCUGAGGUUAAUUGGGAAUGCGAAGCCAUUAUGCAAUUGGUAUGCACAUUACAAAGAUGAUGUACAAAAGAUCAAGAACAAAAAACUUAGAACGUACUAUGAAGAACAGAAUUAUUUAAUUGGUAAGUUUCAGGAAAUUGAUAAUUUUCUCGAUGCUGGUAAAAUCCACUACAAUAUGUUGAGCAAUUAUGGAAGUGGUGAAUCAAGUCGCGGAGUUUUGUUGGACAACAUUGAAGAAACAGAAGAGCCAGCAAGUCCUAGAAGUGCAAAUAAUGGGAACACAAGUGACAAAGAAACAUCAGUGAAUGGGAAAAAGAGUUAUGAUUCAUUGCAAAAUACUGAUAUGGAACAAGGUGAAGGGUCAUUGUCAAAAUUUUCUAGAUUUUAUGAUGUUCCUGGCAACGUUGCCAAUGACGGGUCUAAAUUCUUGGGUUAUAAUGAAGAGGAGAAUAACUCUCAAGUGUUGACUGCUAUUUUGGUUAAUUUUCUAAUCAAUAUUUUGUUGCUAGUUGGUAAAAUUGCUGUUACUUUGCUUACAAAUUCACUUUCGGUGGUGGCAUCUUUAGUUGAUUCGAUUUUGGAUUUUUUGUCUACGUUUAUCAUUUACAUUGUGAAUCGGUUGGCAGCACAAAACAACUGGAAAGUUCAACAUUCAUAUCCUGUUGGUAGAUCAAGGUUGGAACCUUUAGGAGUUCUCAUUUUCUCAAUCAUUAUUAUAAUUUCCUUCUUCCAAGUUGGCCAAGAAUCGUUUAAAAGGUUGUUUUUCAGCACUCCUGAACAGAGGCUUCCUGCGACAAUUGGAUUUGAUGCGGUUUUAAUUAUGGUUAUUACCAUUGUAGCUAAAUUGGGUUGUUGGAUUUGGUGUUCAAAAAGUCAAUCUUCAUCAGUACAAGCUCUUGCACAAGAUGCAAUGACUGAUAUUGUGUUCAACACAGUCUCAUUGUUGAUGCCUUGGCUUGGUCAUAUUUUCAACAUUUGGUGGUUUGACCCAUUGGGUGCAUUACUUUUAUCAGUGUAUAUCAUCUUCAACUGGGGUAAAACUGCAUUUGAACAUAUAAACAAUCUCACUGGCGCAGUUGCUGAUCCUUUGGAGUACAAAGUGGUUUUAUAUCUUUGUUGCCGAUUUGCUGAGCCAAUAAAGCGAAUCACAGCGUUAAAAAUUUAUCAUGUUGGAGAUAAUUUAAAUGUUGAAGUUGACCUUGUUUUCGCAAAUGAUAAGUUUGAUUUGAGUUUUAAAGAUUGUCAUGAUAUCGCUGAGGCGUUACAGUAUAGUAUUGAAAGUUUGCCUAAUGUUGAAAGAGCAUUUGUGCAUAUUGAUUACAUGGAGGGUAAUUACAAAGGGCAUCUUAAGUAG